AUGGAGCUGUUGAGCACAGCUUCUUCCUCCUCUGCAACCCGGACGGCUCCGAGAAUCAAGAGUGCAACCACAACGGAGUCGACCUCUACUACCACUCUACCGCAGGGGCAGAGAGGAAAACCGGAGAAAAAGGAGAAGCUGUGCAAAUGGUUUGCGAAGUCGGAUGAAGGCUGCCGCCGAGGAGCAGAGUGCCAGUUUCAGCAUGAUUGGGGAACCACACCGAAGACAGGGAGAUGCCUCACGUGCUCGGCUGUUGGGCAUCAAAGGAGGGAUUGCCCGACCAAGAAGGCUGGAGAUGCGGCCCAGCAGUCCCCAACAGCAGGCUCAGCAAAGGGCAAAGGAAAGGGAGACAAGGGCUCAGGAAGCCCAUCGAGUACGUCAAGGGACCCGCCGGGCGACCUUCAGCAGAUCCUGACCGAUGCCCAUCAGAUGCUGAAAACGAUGAUGGCGACAACGACUCCGGCGACUACCUCUACCACAACCGGGGCACCAACGUACGAGUCGAUUCAGCGCCAGCUUGACGAGAUGAAGCUAACCCACGUGUUGAGACCCGCCAAGGACGAGCACGAGCACCUCACUAGCAAGGAGGUGCCGGUGGUUUUGGCGGGAGAUGAACAGUGGACCCGCGGAGGACUAUUGUUGAAGCACCCAAAGUACGGGACCAUCCGUACGAGGAUUCGCGCUGGCUGCCCGGAGAUUGUGGACUCAGUGCAGGCUGCCAUGUUGAUCUCCGAGCUAGAGUCGCGGAAGCUUGAUGAGCUACGACAGAAAACUGUAGACCUUCAGGACCGCCUCAACGCGAUCAAGAUGAUGGAGGUGAGGAAUGAGGACUGGAGGCAUGAUUUGGCUGCCUAUGCUCAGGAGGGGUGUGUUGUGGAUGGUUUGCAGGCCCUCUACAAGUCCCCGAUCUUCAAGCACCUCCCCGAGGACGUUCUGAUGGGCAUGGUCCCGCAUGUGCAAGGAGACGACAAAGAAGGCUGGGAGUACCUGAAGGCCCUUCCGGUGUCAAGGAGGAUUCGAAAGAAGCUUCUGCGGUCAAGGGCGUGGGUGCUCAACCUCUACGGGGGCCGGAACCUGAAGCAGGACCCGGUGCAGUCUGUGAAUGGGCAGAUAAACAAGGAUACGAACUCCGAGGUGGUGGUCGUGAACGUCGAGAUCCUCUUGGAUGGUGGUUGGAGCGUGCGGGGCAAGGCCUACAAGGCGCUGAUGUGGGCGGCAAUGACCUCUCGGAUCAAGGCUGUGGUGGGAACCCCGCCCGUGAAGACGUUUGAGUCUCGACCUUAUGAGAAGACGCUAGCCCGGGAGUACGGUGCCUACAAGCGGAGGCAGAAGGAACGAAAGCCGCAGCGGUCUCCAGACCCUCGCAUGCGUGAUGUGGCGAUACAGUGUGAGCUCUUGGGAGAUAUUCCCAAGAAGGUGUUUAUGACACCGAAGGGGUUUCAGGAGCGCGAUGUGUGCCAGAGGUGCAUCCGAGGCCAGAAAGAGGAGACCGAGCAUCGCGGUUGUGGAGCAGCCUGGUUCAGCGAGCUUACGUCGCGCUGUGCUCAAGCGGCGCAGCAGACAGCAAGCACUCAUGUCGCUGGUGUAAAAAAUUCGGAGAAGAUCACCCUCGACCCCUGUGCAGAGUUCAGAUAUUCCACAGUCCUACUAUGCCCCAACAUCCUGCCCCUGAGCUACCCACUACAUCCCUCCACAUCGACCCCGUAA